AUGUACACACCUCCGGCUUCUCGCGGUGACCCCGCGCUUCCCUUCCAGCUGCUGGAGGAGAACGACCAGCUGAUCCGCGCCAUCGUGGAGUACCAGAGCAAGGGGAGAGCCACCGAGUGUGUGCAGUACCAGCACAUCCUGCACAGGAACCUUAUUUAUCUAGCUACUAUUGCCGAUACAGCUCCACCCAACGGACAGAGGACUGCAGACUGAGCGUGCAGCUUUGGACACGGUGCAGAUGCUUGUAGGAGAUGUGGAAGUAUGACUGAGUUGCGGCGUAGUCAGGCCAGGAGGAACCUGCUGAAGGAUCAGAAGCGCUCUCGUUUUCAUUAAUAACUGGCUACGGCAAACUUUUAUUAGGAUCCCAGGGGCACCUGGAGAAGGUCCCACAAGAAUUGGGUUCUCCAAUUCAUCAAGAUUGUGUAGGCUUCUUUGAGGCUAGAAGUAGGAAAGCAAGUAAAAAUGGCCCCUGUACCCCCCUUCCCCUGGCUUUUGUUAAUAGUGAUCUUUUUGGAAAAUAAGCCCACUUCCAUGCAGCACCUUAAAAGUUGGGAAUAAUGACACUUGUUGCUUGAGCUGUGUCUUGACUAUUAAAAGCUGAUGCAGCAGCCAUGAGAAAACAGAGAUACAGGGAAGUAUCAAGGAUUUGCUACAGAUGGCCUUUAAUCUUGCUGUACAAGUCUGCAAGUCGCUCACUCCCUCUUCCAGUACCAGUUACCAAAAUGUGAAGUAGGAUUGAUGCCCACCAGUCUCAUGAGUUGUGUAAACUCACCAUGAGGGUUCCUUCAGUGCUCACAGCAGUUUUGAAAAUCUCCAGAAAAUGAUAAGAGUUGCUCUGGCUACUAGAUGUUGGAGAGUAAUAUUUAGCUAAAAGUCUCUUACUGCCACAAUCUAUCCCACUUGUCACAGCACAAACACAUGGUGUGUUACUGUCCGUAGAGAGCUGAUUAUCAGUGAUCAAAGGCAGGAAAGUUUCAGCUUGCUAUUUCUCCUCGCUUAACUAAGCUGUCUCUGCAUCUCCUGUUGCAGGGGUGUCAUACUCGUUUGGGUUAGUGUUACAGAUCUAAAUUGGGCUUCUCACAGGCCAGGCAGCCCACCUCUGGCACUAGCAUUAACUCUCGCAUGCUGACUGCACUAACAGAGCAGCUCAGGUAUUAAACCUUGCAACUGCUUCAGCUUCUGCGUUGAUGUGGGGUUAUCACUGCUGCAAGGCAGACAGCAGCAGCUUCAACUCCCGAGGUGCUGCCCCCGACAGAGUUUCUGGCCCUGUGGGCCAGAUCUGAAGGUGGGUCUAUCAGACUACAAGAAGCCCCUAGGCUGGAUGUUUGAAAGCUCUCUCCUGUUGAGUUCGCAAGUGCAGGUCCUAUAGUAAGAUUGCUACUUUACUUACUUACUUACCUAAAGACAAGGUUGCAGAAAUGUAACUGGAAGACAUUUAUGGAAGUUGUGAAAUUUUCCUUUAUCACCCUCCUAUAAGCAGUUACAUGCAUUGCAUCUUUAUAUUUCGGAGACUGCCUCCAUUGCUGUUUUCAUGGAACAGGAUUCAGACCUUAAUAGGUGGUCAUUCCACUUGCAAGGAAUUGUUAUUUAUCGGUUCUGGUAUAGAAUAGGGUAGGCAUUCAUUAAACUCAUUAAACUUAAUGGAAAUACUUGCAUUGAAAUUUGUUUCUUACCUUCCUAACAGCAAAUUUAGAGCUAAUGUGUACAGACACAUUGUCUCGCACAUUUGCAGCAAUGCAGUCAACUUACAGGAUACAUUGCAAUAUGACCCUGUUUUCCUGAAUGCAAGUUCUUCCUAAAAAACACAAGCAUAUUUAGGAUUUGUAUGAUACACUGUGUUCCUGCAGCUACAAAAAAACCUCCCUAGAGAUAAACCUGACUCGGAUUUCAAAGUAUAGAACUGAAGGAUUGCAUCUCCCCUACCAAACAUGAAAGCUUAAAAUCCUAGAUUCAAAAAGUUUUAUAAUUGUUUAAGAAACAGAUUGAAGUAAUUUAACCUUUUCCAGAAAUCAUAGGUAGAUAUUGGCAGACAAGGUUCCUUGGGUGAAUUUGAUAUCUUUUAUUAGACCAACCCAAAUGGUUGGAGAAUAGUUAGACCAACACCGCUACAACCUAAACCCCUAGGUAGAUAUUGGGCAUUUAUAGAGAAUUUUGGUAAGUGAAAACCUUGUCCAUAUAUAUUUCUAUAAGGGAAUACUGUGGCAAACAAGUGGAGAAAAAUCCAGUCUGCUUAUGUGUUAAUCUGUUCCAAAUGCCAUAUAUUGGAUAUCUUGUAAAUAAACAAGUUCUCAUAACAAACA